GUCCAGUAAGCGGCUGCCCCAGCGCAGACAGCCCAGCGGAGCCGUGUGCGUGACCGCCACCGCGGCCUCCGCCCCAGGAAGGCGCCCCACGGCCACCCUGUAAACAGCGAGGAAUGCCUGGGCUCGGAGGCAAGGCGGCACUGGGGGUGGCAGAGCGGAGCUGCCUUCUUCAGCCCGCCCCGAGCAGGUGAGGCGGGUCGCUGAGGCUGUGCGGGCGGGUCCCAGCGACUACGCCCGCCCAGCGCUCACUCGACUGCCGGCAUGGACGGCUGCGCUCAGCAGGCAGCCGCCCCAUCGCCUUCAGGAAGAAAAUCCAAAGCACCUCCCCCUCCAUCUGAAACAAAAUCUGUUGCUGUUUCUCCAUUUGAUGACACAGAAUCGGACAACCUCAUAAUGGAACAGAAAGAGAAUGUAAUUGAUAAAGACAUUGAACUCUCAGUGGUCCUGCCAGGAGAUGUAAUCAAGUAUACUACAGUUAAUGGAAGGAAGCCCAUGAUGGACUUGCUGAUUUUUCUCUGUGCACAGUAUCAUUUAAAUCCAUCAAGUUAUACUAUAGAGUUGAUAUCAGCUGAAAAUAGUCAGAUUAAAUUCAAACCAAACACACCAGUGGGAAUGCUUGAAGUGGAAAAGGUGAUUUUAAAACCAAAACAAAUUGAUAAGAAGAAACCUGCUCCAGUUAUACCAGAGCAAACAGUAAGAGUAGUGAUAAACUACAAGAAGACACAGAAGACAGUAGUAAGAGUUAGUCCGCAUUCACCUCUUCAAGAACUCGUACCAAUUAUCUGUAGUAAAUGUGAGUUUGAUCCCUCACACACUCUGCUGUUGAAGAAUUACCAGUCUCAAGAACCCCUUGAUGUGACAAAAUCUCUUAAUGACCUUGGACUAAGAGAAUUAUAUGCCAUGGAUAUCAGUCGAGCCACAUCACCAGUUGAUUUAAAUUUACCGUCUUUGCAAGACUCCUACCAAUCUGAAAACUUGGAUGUUCUGAAGGAGAAAGAAAACAAAGGAUUCUUCAGCUUUUUUCAGCGAAGCAAGAAGAAAAGAGAACAAGCUGCCAGUGCCCCAGCAACCCCACUGAUGAACAAGCCAAGGCCAGCAUUUAUCACAAGAUCUAACACUGUUAGCAAGCAGUAUGAUUCAAGCACUCUGCCAUCUGAAAUGCCAAAGAAACGGAGAGCUCCUUUACCACCUAUGCCAAAUUCUCAGAGUGCUCCCCAGGAACUUGCACAAGCCCAAGUCAGACCAGCAUCUGGUAUUGUGAAAUCAAACAGCCUUGAUAGGAAUGAACAGGACCCCUCAGGAUUAGUACGGAAAGGCUCUCUGCCGCUCAGCGACACCGCUUCUGUGAAUUCCUCUCUGCGGAGGAUGAAGCGCAAAGCACCCUCUCCACCCAUUAGAGUACCAGAAGAUCAAAGUGAAAGCAGUAAUGAGACUGUAUCACGGUGUACAGAAUCAGCCACUACUAAAGUAGAAGAAAGACCCCCUGAAAUACCAUCUGAAACAGGUGGGAAGAGCUCAGACUACAACCUGGAAGAAAUUGAUGAAAAGGAAGAGAUGAAUGUGCAACAGAGAGAGGACAAUGAAAGCACAAAUACCUCUCUUGGGACAGGAGAGGUUACUGCAGCCCUCAGCUCUGCUGAGGUACCACUGGAAACUGAAAAAAAUGAUCCUGCUUCAUCAGCUCCAGUUCCUGACAGUGUUUCUGUUGACAACUCACAAGGCUUCAAGGAAGAAAAACAAGAAAAUAUGAGCACAGAUGGCAAAGGACUACAGACUAAGAUAAGCAGUGAGCAAGCUGCAUUUGAAAAAGACAGGAAGCUUCGAAUUUUGGAUCAAAAUAAAAGUGAUGAUCACAGUGAUACAAAACUCCUUCCAGCAACAGAAGAAAGAGAACUUCAGACAGCUAAAAUUAAAACAGUAGAUUUUAGAGAAAAUAACAAGCUUGAAGUUGACAGACUAUCAAACUGCCAAGCAUGUAAAAAUGACAUCUCUGUAAGUCACAGGAAUUAUCCUCAUCUGAUUCCAGAAAAGCAAGAUCAGAAAACAAAUCAAAGUAGCUUGGACACAGUGAAAACUCAGGAUGUUGCAAUCCAGACAGGUCCAGCAGAUAGCAAUUUGGGAAGGACCACACAGAAAGAAAUCGGUAUUCUUCAGGAUCGUGAAUCAUCAACAUUCAGGGGACUGUUCUCUCAACGCAACAUGGAUGCAAACAACCCCCUUCUUCAGGCGACACAUGGAAUACAAGAGGAUAAAGAUACUACAACAGAACAAAAUUCUGAGAGACAAGAAGUUACCCAUGAAAAAGUAAGCCCCAUAAAAGAUCUGAGUCACAUUUGUGUAAUUGGCAGUAGUUUAGCUUCACCAGAAACAACUGCAAACAACUCAGAUGGCUCUCCUGUAAAAGGUUACCCUCAUUACAGACAGGACAGCAAACCUAAACCCAAGCCUGCUAACGAAAUUACAAGGGAUUACAUACCAAAAAUUGGUAUGACAACUUAUAAAAUAGUACCUCCAAAGUCCUUAGAAAUAAUGAAGAGCUGGGAAUCAGAAAUUCCGUCAGAUCGUAAGGAUCAGGAGAUACCUACUAUGGUAAACUCUCUGAAGCAUGGAGACCCCAAAGAAUUCAUAGAGCAAGCUGAAAUUCCUCAUCUUCCAAAAAGUCCAAGUCUACAGGUUGUUUCGCAAAAUGAACCUGCAGUAGGAAAUGAUCUGCUGCACAGAGUGAACACCGUUUCUGAACCUGUUGUGAUGUCUGGAGCUGAGGCUACUACUGAAAGCAAUUGGACAGAAACAGAAUCUUCCAAACAGCAUGUCCCGUUGAUGCUAAGCAUGGCUAAUACAAAUGCUUCUUCUGAGACUCAGGACAAAUCAAAUGCAUUAAGCCCUACAAUGAAGCCUAGUUCUUUUUUUCUGCAGAUGCAACGAAGAGCUUCAGGUCAUUAUGUGACAUCUGCAAUUGCCAGAAGUACUGUUUGUGCUCCUAAUUCCAUUCCAAACGAAGCUAAGAAUACAGAGAUGGGGAAAAAGGUUUCAUCAUCUGAUGCAGCUUUGUCUGUACUUAAAACCAGUACUUCCUCUCCUCCAGAAGAUGAAGAAAAAGUUGAUGAUGGAAAAAAAAUUGAAUCCCCCAGUUACGUUGCAAGCAAUAAGCCUUCAAGUUUUCCCUCCUGUCCACCAGCACCACUGAACCUAAGAACUCUAAGAACUUUUGCUGUUCCAAAGCCAUAUUCCAGUUCAAGACCAUCCCCUUUUGCACUCGCCGUCUCAUCUGCAGUCAAAAGGUCCCAGUCAUUCAAUAAGACACAUACAAUCACCAGCCAGGCAACAAAAGAAGGUUUUCCUGUUGAGCCCACCUCUGCCACUUCAGCAGCUGAAUUCUCCUCUGCUACCUUCAUGCCUGAAGUGAAAACCCUUUCCUUACAGACUGUAAUGGCGGGGUCACAAAAUAGUCUAACAGAUAAGAAAAGCAGCAAUGUGGAUAAUGAGCAAAAGAGUCAGGCGCAGUCAGGUGCUUCCACUGACCACCCACCCCUUGUCACUAAGAGACAAACUGCGAUGAUGUUCCAAUGCUCUGACCCAGAACAGAUCCACCAGAGCUUACUGGCUGCAAUCCGGUCUGGAGAAGCUGCUGCCAAAUUGAAAAGGGUUGGUCCUCCAUCAAACACCGUGUCUGUCAAUGGAAGAGCCAGGCUUACUCAUUUGUAUUCCACAGAAGCAAAAGCUAAUCACUAAAUAUUAUACCAAAUAUUUUGCACUUUACUCCUGCUUUCUAGGCCAAUUUAAUACGAACUAAAAUUUUUGAAAGUGUAAAUGCAAGUAUAUGUUAAUAUAUUUCUGUCAAUUCUUACAGGAAUUUCAAGAUGAGUCCUUUGAUGCCUUAGAUUAUUAGAAUUAUGUAAAUUCAAUAACAUUUUUGCCUUUUUCUGACUAUGCUGCUAAAAAGGUUUAAGAGCAGGUGCAGAUGAGUUUUGCUUAUGUUAAAGUGAGGAACAAAAUUAUUUUAUUUUAGCAUUCCAGACUGAACAAUAUGCAGCACUGUGCUGAAAUUACAGAUUUUAAGCAAUCUUAAGAAUUGUAGAUCAUUAAUUUUCAUUUGUGUGUUACUCUAACAGAUUGUAUGAAUUUAAAUUUGCCACAUACUGCCUCCAUAUUACUUAAAUUUGUAAUUAGUAGAAAAUAUUAAUUAUAUGCAAUACUUUGUUUAAAAAAAACAAGGAUUUGUUCCUCCAGCUGAAGGUAAUAGGGAUAAGUAUUUUGAUUUUUUAAUUGCCUUUUAACGUUUUCUCGUUGGCGUGCACGCACAAAAAUAAUCAAUACAUAAAUUAUUGAAACUUUUGUACUGCUUAACAACUUCUCUUAACAGUAGCACUACAUGAUGUUCCUCAUCAAUUCUUUGAGUACCUGUAUAUAGUAUUUACCUAGCACUCAGAUAAGCAAUACUUUUUGCGAACUAGAUAUAUUCUAAAGGAGCCAUCAGCGUAUAGUCGCUUGCUGAUAAAAUGCAAAAUCCAUUUUUGCUACAUAAUGAAAUAAAACCUGUUUUUCACUGGGAGUAUGACAAAAGAAUGAACGGCUUUUUUUACUUAUUCCUGUAAAGUAUUUUAAUUUUAAAGCAGCAGAAUAACACUCUUACAAAGCAUUCUUGUGUCUGAGAGCAUCUAUUUAUAGAUUAAACAUUAAAUACCAAAAUGAGAAUAUAUAUUAAAUGAAAAUGCUAUUUGAUG